UGGGAGCUGUUUCUUUAAGAAGCCAGCGUGUCGUGGCUGUACAAACAAAUGACGCAACAAAGACGGAAGUAAUUGGUCCUGUUUUGAUCUUUUUUUAAAUCGUGACAACAACAGCUGCGUGAAUGGCGGCUGUCGAUGAUUUGCAGUUUCAAGAAUUUGAUGAUGCCGAAAACCUGCUUGUAGCCAACCGGGAUGCCACCACUAUCAGCAUUGGAGAUCUGAAUGAGAAACCCACCAACCAACGGAGAUCCUUGGGAAACUCGCCAAGAGAGGAAGAUGAUGACCUGCUGGGAAAUGCCGACUCGGAUAAAACGGAGUUGCUUGCAGGUCAGAAGAAAAGUGCGGCCUUCUGGACAUUUGAAUACUAUCAGAAUUUUUUUGAUGUGGAUACAUGUCAGGUCCUGGAUAGAAUAAAAGGUUCGGUUUUACCGUUGCCUGGUAAAAACUUUGUGCGGCUGUACAUACGGAGUAAUCCAGAUCUGUAUGGUCCCUUCUGGAUUUGUGCCACACUAGUAUUUGCUAUUGCCAUCAGUGGAAACAUCUCAAAUUUCUUGGUGCACCUGGGCCAACCUCAGUACCACUAUAUGCCUGAAUUUAGGAAAGUAACUAUUGCUGCCACUGCCAUUUACAGCUAUGCAUGGCUGGUUCCUCUAGCUCUGUGGGGCUUUCUGAUGUGGAGAAACAGCAAAGUCAUGAACAUAGUCUCCUAUUCCUUCCUGGAAAUUGUGUGUGUCUAUGGCUAUUCACUAUUUAUUUAUAUUCCAGCAGCAGUACUGUGGAUUAUUCCAGUUGAAUGGGUGAGAUGGAUUACAAUUCUAGUUGCCAUGUGCCUGUCGGGAUCAGUUUUAGUAAUCACAUUUUGGCCUGCUGUUCGAGAUGACCACCGCAGGAUUGCCAUUGCUACUAUUUCAGCCAUUAUAAUUCUUCAUGCCCUGCUCGCUGUUGGCUGUAAGGCAUACUUUUUUGACGCUCCACAAAUAGAAGUCCCAGGUCUCUCUGAUAGCAUUGCCUCAGGUAACAGGACAGUGACAGCUGUGAAGACACACUAAUGAAACGAGUGCCUAGGUUCUGUUGAUGGUUGCCUUAUCAGAAAGAAGUUACUCGGAAGAGUAAACGCAGCUGCAAUGGUAUGGACUUCAAGCGCCUUAAAGAUGUGUUGGGAUAAAAAAAAAAAAAAAAAAAAGUAACUUUAGGAAAAAAAAGUUAGAUAGUACAGAACAAGCAAUAUAUGUGUUUGAUGUAAAUAAUAUAAUGAUAAAAGGCUUGCAUAUUUAUUGGCUGUAUAAAACAGUUUUUGUUAUAGUUGGCUUUUGCUUUAAAUUUCACUCUGUAUAGUGUUUAUUUUACUAAGUUCACCAACUUCAGUCAGCAUUUUAUGUUUGCCGUGUAAUCUGUUGUGCAAAAUACAGUGUUUACUUUGGCUGCUUAUUUCCUGUUGUUAAUCUUCAACCAUUUUAGCACACAUGUAAUUAUACUGUAUGUAAAUGGAGAAAAUACAAUACAAAACAUACAUAUACCCUAUGACCAUAAAUAACAACAAAAAAUGGCAGUUACUUAUGUACCAUUGCAGAAAUGUUAUGAGGAUACAUCAUUUUAAAAGUGGAAAACUCUUUACUUUAUUUGAGCCUUAAAUGAAACACAAGCUUUUCACUUAUUUAUUUUUCUUCUUGUUAUCAUGUUUUUUUUUUUUUUUUUUUUUUUUUUUUUUAGAAACUAUUUUGUAUUAAACCUAGUCUCUUAUGUGGAGUAUCAAAGCAAGGUGAUAUUCGAACCGAACAUUUGCGGUGGUGUUAGAAUCAGGUUGUGGGGCAUUCUGUUCCAGUGUAAGUAGUAACAAGAAAUAGUAUGUGUUACCACAAAGUCUGUUUUAAGCAUUAACUCUCUUCACCUUGGACUAAUUCAAAUUAUAGCACCUGCACAUUUGGCUGUAUGUUACAGAGUAUAAUGAAAAUACAUCUAGGAGACUUAGUAAUAAAUAUGAUUUCUUACAACUUUAUGAUGAUGCUUGGCUGGAAAUAUAAAUUGUAAUUAGCAAAAAAAGAUACAAUGGUUGUCAUUUAAUUCUGUGAACACUAGCUAAUUGUGGUUAUUCUAGCCUUCAGCUUUGAAUUACAGGGGUGUUUGUCAUCAUCUGUAAUUAUUUAGAUAGGGAUCAGAGUCAGAUGAACAGUAUAAAUACUGUAAACCAACGUACUGCACAGUCUAAGUACGGAAGGUGUCUUUAAUCCAAGGAACAAGAAUUUGGUUCCUACAGCUUUUUUUUGCUAGGGUAGGACUACUUUCUUCUGCUCCAUCUUGCACGUAUGUAUAUGAAGUGUAUUUGAUGUACCCUAAUGGAAUCAUAUAAGUAGAAUAAUGCAUGAGUUUUAUUAUUGGGGAACUGUUUAAAUGCUGUUUUUUUUUAAUUAAAUAUAGCCUUUUGUCUUAUACAA